AUGGCAUUCGCAGGGAAACGCAACGAGCAAGAGCGCAAGAGACUGGAAAAGACCGACGUGAAGAUUUCAGAGAGGGGGCUCUUCAACGUAGACGCAACCAAGCAGGACGUACUCGACGAUAUUGAGACGAUUCUUCCGCGCCUCUUCCCGAACAGACCAGAGAUCGCCCGCUUCUCGGUUGACGCUCGUAGCCAUCAUGUCGCGCCAUUCCGUAUCCACGAGCAUGACUGCGAGAACGUUCUAACUACGUGGCCGAAGACCGACCCUGCUAUGGAUCGCUGGUUUCCUGAUGCCGUUGAGCAAGCUCCGUACAUAGAAGAUCCGCACUUCUGGUUAGACCAGCGCGCAGCAAACCAUGUUUAG